UUAGCUGCUCGGCCAUGAGAUCACAGCCUGAAGGAACAGGUCAGUGAGUGAACUGGUGUAUCACAUUUUCCAGGUUUGGUGUCCCCUGGCCACGUCUCUAUCCCCUCCAGCAGCUGUCGACUUUCACCAGCCAAUGGCGAGUCUCGUGUUGUCUUCAGACGUUGGUAUUAUACGUGCUUAGGCUGACAGAAAGUGGGUCGUACCCAUAGAGUGAGGUUAUAGUGAAGGUUUGUGUGUGAUUCAUGGAGUCGAGAACAAACGAGAGGCGAUCCGCGCAACAGAGCAGUCAUGACUACGAUGAUGUUGGUACUACUGCUGGCCCCCCUAAUGCAGGCGGGCUACGUGCCCCCAGGACCCCUCUACAGGUGUCCCGUGAAGCCCUUAUUGCUGUUUCCCUGUGAAUGCGAGGCCGGGGGUGACAGCGGACUGAUAAUUCGCUGUGAGAACUCCAAUUUGGCGUCUCUGUCAGUUGGGGUCACAAAUUUGGCAGCAUUUGACACUCCGGUGGAACUCCUCACGUUCUCGAAGUGCCACAUCAUCUUCGUCAUGUCCAUAGGGCGUCUGUACGGUAGCAUGUUGUACCCGCUUCGGGUACGAGUUCUGCGGAUAGAGGACACGCCCCUGCAGCACAUCGAAGAAUAUAGUUUCUUGGGUGUGAACAGAACUCUUCAGGAACUCCACAUUGUGCGCUCUGAGCUCCAGGAGUUUCCCACUUUGGCAUUUCAGGUGCUGGGUAACGUGACGACGCUCAGAAUCGACGGUCACCAAUUCCGAACACUUGCCGGAGACGCUUUCAGUUCCGGGCUUCUACCUUCUCGUCUCGAGAGGCUGCAUAUCACUAAUGGGUUGCUGUCCGAACUUCCUCCAGAUGCCUUCCAGGCACUGCGUAAACUUAAGACGCUAGAUCUCCAUGGCAACGAACUGAAGGAGUUGCGUCGAAACCAGUUCAAGGGACUCCGGGACACGGAAGCCCUUGACCUCUCCCACAAUAACCUGACGAAGGUCGACUCGUCACAUCUGGCGGAUCUUAACAAGAUGUCCUGGUGUAACCUCUCGCACAACGCAAUACCGGAGCUCACCAGAGGGAUGUUCGCGCGGAACACGGUGCUCCGCGUCCUUCACAUGGACCAUAACCGUUUGCGUCGUCUGGACACGAACUCGUUCCGUGGAAUGAGAUUCAUUCGUCGGUUGUACUUCAGCGACAAUCAGAUCGCGGAUGUCGGUAGAGGAACGUUUGGAUCUGUGACGCGAGUCGGCACGGUUGAUCUCGCGAGGAAUUUCAUCAAGAAGAUCGACUUCCAGAUGUUCCACCAGCUGCAGUACGUCGAGCUGAUCGACGUAUCCGAGAACCUGGUGACGGAGGUUCACAAACUCGCCUUCAAGGACCUGUACCUGGUGCGCAUUAAUCUCUCCCACAACGCAAUCGAAAAGAUCGAAGCCGGCGCUUUCGAGAACUGCGCCAACGUCACUUUCCUCGACCUCUCUCACAACAAGCUUCAGAACAUCUCACGCACCGCUUUCGACGCCAACACGUACGCCACGGAGCUCGACGUUUCUUACAACCAACUGACGGAUCUGUCACAGGUGCCGCUGCACAACAUGACGGGACUGAAGAUUCUUAACGCCAGCCACAACGCGAUAGAGAAAGUUCCCAGGAACACGUUCCCGAAACUGUACGAGCUUCACACGGUGGACCUGAGCUACAACAGGAUCCGCGAAGUCUGGAACUCGGUGUUCCAGACCCUGUUCAGCCUGCGGUUCCUGAACAUGAGCCACAACGCUCUGAACUCCGUCAAGGGCUCGACAUUCGGAGCCCUUCACACUCUACUGGACCUGGAUCUCAGCCACAACGAACUAUCGGAAGUGAACAACGCCGCCCUGGCUCGGUGCGCCUCUCUCCGCGUCCUCACCCUGCGCAACAAUUCACUAACGCAAAUAUUCCAACUUCCCAUCUCUCUCGGCCACCUGGAUCUCUCCAACAACUCCAUUUCGCAUAUCCCGCCAUUAGAGACGUGGCCCACUAUGAACGCGUUGCUGUCCCUCGACCUGAGUCACAAUGCGAUCGGAGACUCCCUGGAGCGGGGUGCGUUCUUGAAUCUACUGACACUCCAGAAGCUAAACCUGGAGGGAAAUGGAAUGACGAGAGUGCCUUGGGAAAGUAUGAGCGAGUUGUCGACCCUUCAGUUUCUCUACAUGCAGCACAACUUAUUGACGAAACUGGAACGCGGUGCAUUCGGCCGGUUACCUGUGGUCUUCGAGCUGAAUUUGGCCCACAACCUGUUGAACAACAUCACGAGCAGAGCAUUCGAGGGACUUCUGCAACUUCUUACGCUCAACCUCACGGCUAACAACCUUACGACCAUCCCCAACGGAGCCUUCCAAGGUUUGGUAUCGCUGCGUACGCUUGAUCUGUCGCACAACCUGUUGGAGAAAUUGGACAACAAGACGCACGGUCUUCUUGACGACUGCCUGUCAUUAGAAAGAGUGAAUCUGAGCCACAACAAGAUUUCAUUUGUCACUCGUCAGACCUUCCCUAGCUCGCCCUGGGUUCCGUAUAGGCUGCGAGAAGUUGAUCUCAGCUACAACGCGAUGCCGGUUCUGACGUACGACAUCACGGUGGGUACCAGGCGUAUGGAGGUGCUUAAUGUAAGCCACAACAUCCUCAACGAGAUCCGCCACAACGUUCUUGGCAACCUGACGUCCGUGCGGGUUCUCGACCUGUCACACAAUGAGCUGACUGCUGUCACACGCCUGCCUCGUAACCUCACGAACCUCUACGCGCAACACAAUCUGUUGACCGUGCUGCCUCUGACGGAGCUUUUGUCACUUAAACCACAGCUCAGAGUCGUUGAUGUGCGAGCCAACAGAUUGCAGCACUUUCACCAUGAACUGAUGCCUCUUGUAGAGAAUGGGACGCACGUCUUGUAUUCAGGAAACCCAUUGAGCUGCGACUGUGAGGUUCGGCCACUGCGGCAGUGGUUGGCGUCCCAGGUGGCACCAGAUCCUGAAUGGGGAGCACUGCAGUGUUCUGCACCCCAGUUCCUGGAGGGAAAACCCCUCGUCAUGGUUCCAGAGGACAGGAUGACUUGCGACGCUGGGCGAGAUGGUCCUCGCUUCGAGAUCAAUCCUGAUGUCAAAUUUCGUGACGUCCAAAGGACGGGUGAUGGAGUGUCCAUCACGUGGUUUGUGUCAACACGCAGUGAUGUUGCUGACUUCCGCCUGGUGGCGCGCGAAGCAGAGCGCGUGGUUCUGGAGCUCGAUCUGCCUUACAGUGCACGCAGUCACGUGGUGCAGGGACUUCCCUCAAGCCUGCACAUUGAGUUGUGUCUUCUGGCACGAGAUAGCGCUGGCAACGUGCGACACUGGCGCGCCAGUCAGUGCAUUGAUCUCCCGCCUAGUGGCAGCUACUCGCACGCCAGUGCGCAUUUCACUUCCGUCAUUUGUUACGUGAUUAUUUUUGUCUCAUUGCAUCCCAUCAUCAGGCAGUAAUCAUCAAAUUGUUGUGCUGUGUACAUGAUGUAUAUAUCAAAACUUGGUUUUGUACAUAAAGAAAUUUUAUAAUUGGUUAUUAAAAAUCUUAUUUAAUUUUAA